CUGAGCCGCAAACACGUGCUACUCCGCGCCGCCGCCGCCGCCGCCGGCUGAGUUUGAGCGAUUGUGCGUGCGUGUGGACGCCAGACGCCAGACGCCAAACGUGGAACGCGAGACGCUCACGCGACAGGGCGCCGUGCGUUGCGUGCGUGCGAGUGAAGCUCGACUGCUCAAGUAACGGUGUGGUGUGACUGGGACUCGCCGGCGGUGCUGUGAGUCGGGAGUCGUUGCCGGCGCUGUGAGUCGGGAGUCGCUGGCUGAGGUGUGCCUGUGAGCGGACCGCGCCGGUGUCGACACCGACGGGCCCCCGGCGACUGUGCGCGUGGUCCGGGCGUCCUAACAUGUGGCCCGCGGCCGGUGCGGUGCCCUUCAUCACACCCGAGAUGUUGUCUGCUUCUCAGCAAAUGGUGCACACGGCCCAGAUGACGUCAGCGUUCCCGUUGCCGGCUCCGCACGCCGAGCCGGCCACCUCUGGCGCCGCCACAGGAGGGAAGGCUGCUGAACAGGCCAAGGAGGCGGCAUCGGCAGCAGCGGCAGCAGCAGCAGCGGCGGCCACCAGUCUGGCCCAGCCGGGUCUGACGGCUCUGGCGGCCGCCGCAGGGGCCCCGAACGGCCGCGAGCCACCGCCGGCCGCCGCGGCCACUGAAACCAGCGGCGAUCCGCCCGCCGGAGCCGGCGACGGCGAGGGAGCCGCCGCCGCGCCCGCCGCCGGAGGGGUCGCCGCCGCCCCCGCCCCCGCCGGCGCCGCCACGGCCGGCGCAGCGGCGACCAAGGAGCAGCCGAAGCGUCUGCACAUCAGCAACAUACCGUUCCGGUUCCGAGAUCCUGAUCUACGGGCCAUGUUCGGGCAAUUUGGUCCGAUUCUCGAUGUGGAGAUCAUUUUCAACGAGCGAGGCUCCAAGGGAUUUGGGUUUGUGACGUUUGCCAGUAGCGAAGACGCUGACCGCGCUCGUCUCAAGCUUCAUGGACAAGUGGUUGAGGGCCGGAAAAUUGAGGUCAACAACGCCACCGCCCGCAUUCAGACCAAGAAGCCCUCCUCGUCCUCAUCGGCGCUACCCAAUGCGGCGGCGCUGCGCGGCGCCGCCCUGCGCCGGGGCAGCGUGCGCGCGCUGCCGGCCGCUGCCGCCGCGCCGUUCGCGCGUCAUCCGACCCCGCUGACGGCUGCCGCCGCCGCCUCGGCGCUCCAUGGAUACGCGCCGUUUUACUACGACCCGAUGAUGGCGAACCCGGCGAUGGCAGCUCAGCUCCAGUCUGGUCCGGCGGCGGCGGCGGCGGCCGCUGCCCAGGCGGCCCUGCUCAAGGGGCCGGCCGUCUCUCUGGCCCAGCCCGUCUCGGCGGCCGCCUACAGCGCCGCCGCGGCGCGCGCUUACACGGCCGCCCUGGCCGCCCAGCAGCCGGCUGGCCUGGCGGCGGGGGCGGCCGCUCAGCAGGCGCAGCUGGCCCAGCUGGCCGCUCUGGGUAUCCCGACGUCUGGGGAGUACGGAUCGGAUCCGUACCUCGGACACGGAGUGGGACCCGUCGCCGGAUACGGGGCGAGUAUGUACCGGGGAGCGUACAACCGGUUCGCGCCGUACUAAAACCACCUCACCACUACUAUUGGCGGCUGGCGAUCGGCUGAAACAAAACCAGUGGCGGCUGGCGAUCGGCUGAAACAAAACCAGUGGCGGCUGGCGAUCGGCUGAAACAAACGAGGCAUCUGGUGUUGUUUUCUCUUUGAAAUCUGGUGACAUUUUACCGGCCGCAGGUGGAACUGCAUUGCAUGGCAGGGAUUUUACCACCAAUGAAUAUUGACAUUUUAGUAAAUGCUGUCGCUGUUGGCAGGCAUUGUUGGCUCAGGCAUUUGAACUCACUGUCAAUAGGGCAUUGAUUGCAUGCCCUGUGUAUAGGAAUCUCGCUCCUGUUGACAUGAUGUCGUAUGCACCGUUCUGCGUUUGGGCGUUCGAUAAGUCUCGUGUCUGUUGUGUUCCGCCUUUUUUCGCGCAAUUCCCCAGAUCUGGGACCGAUAUUACUGCGUCGAUGACGUCAUCCGGCCGCCAGACGGCGCGACGUCAUUACACGAGUGUUGCGGCAGACCAAACGCCAGUGCCGACGGCAUCUGAAGACAUUCGCAGAAAUUGGGGAUAUUUUGUCUCGGGAGCUGUGCGUUGAAUUUCGGGUGUCUGCGUGGCCCGCGACUGAGCUACCGGGCGGCUGGGACGCUCGUCUCGAUUUUGGGGGACGAUCAACACUUAUGGUGGCCCCAUCGUCUCAUUGUUUAGGUCGCGGUGCUGCGUCAGUGGUCGAUUGAUGUGAAAACGCCUGUACAAUACUCUGGAUAAGAUCUGUGGCAGCGAUCCCGGGAUCGAAUCCCACCGUCUGCCGGGUUUUCUCGCCGCCGUCGCACGCACAUGGGAAUUGGAGGCGGUUGGGUAGUCGAUGCGAGGUGGAUACUGCUCAUUUUGUGUUAGUUGGAGUUACACCAUCUCAUGACGUCAUCUGGCCGUCAUUUGCCUGUCAUCGGACCGUCAUUUGGCCGUCAUCGGCUGUUUGGUGACUGACCGGCGCGGUGACGGCCGCCCUCCCGUGUACAAAGUAGGUGCAAUGUCAUGAAUACAUCCGCGGACAGGUUGACGGCCAUUU